AGAGUUCACAGGUUUGCAUAUUUUCUGCAGAGCGCUGAUCCGAUAGAACCCCACUAGGGGACGAGAGCCUGCGCCGGAAACCGUCGAUUUGAUCGACAGCCGCAACCACGCGCCGGGACGCAUGUCUGCAACAUGUAGUGUCUCGCCGGCAUAUAAACACCGGGUGCACAUCGAGGACUAUCUGUUCAUCACCAGCUUGAACGAUGUCCGCCAUCGUCGAAGCAUUCAAGAUCAAGCCCUUCGACCUCGAGCCAAUAUACGACUCAUGGCCGUCUGCGCCAAUAUUCCACGGGAAUCCGUCCAAGGACAUGCCAGUUGAUGACUGGCUUCAGCAGAUCAAGGACGGCUGCCUCGCGCGCCGCGUGCCGAAGGAGUACUGGCACAAGGUCGCGCAGCACUACCUGGGGCCGACCGCGCGUUCACGCUUCGAUGAGCUCAAGGCCGUCAUGCGUACCCUCCACGGCGGCCGGUACACCUGGAACUGGAAACGCUUCAAGGUGGCAAUGCGCAACAUGGGAUGGGAGAUCGACGCUCGGAAGACGGAGGAGAUCAAGGUCGAGAGUAAACCUUCCGGCAUAUGGUGGAUCGUCGGCGGGCGCCGCGAGCGUGAGGAGAAGGACAGCGACACCGCCAGCAUUGCAAGCACGAGCAGCAGCGUCAACAAGGAUCUGCCGCCACCACCUUCGUAUGCGUCGUCCGAGACCUUGUCGCCACGGCCUACACCGAAGAAGACCAUGUCGUGGGACUUCCAGUCUCUCAAGAACUUCCCCGGAAUGCCGAAGCGGUCGUCGACGAUGAGCACUGUCGAUACCGUCGCGAGUGUAUACUCGCAGCAGUCAGCGUCUUCGGCGUGCGCGCGCCACCCGGCCCCCGCCUCUGAGAAGGAGAAGAGCACGCCGAAUAACAGUCGGAGAGCAACUGCGGCUUCGAUUCCGGUGGCUGCACCUGUGCCUGCGCCUACGCCUACGCCUGCGGGCGUGCCGAGCGAUGACAAGACUACCGUCGCCCACGCCCCAACCUGGUUGUUGAACGCCUCGCAGGCGCUCUCCUUCUUGGCGACCGAGCACCCGAAGACAAUGACCGCGAUCUCUGCGGUACUCGUCACCAUCGGCACUAUCCCCGCGCUCCCCGCCAUCUCUGCUGGCGCGGGUGGUGCGUUCCUUGCAAGCGGAACCGCGCAGGCGAUCGGCUCCAUCGCGGUUGGCGUCGGGAGCCUCAUCAAGGCCGUCAGCGACUCAAAGUCCGGACAGAAAGACGAACCUCCGAAGGCAUAAGGACAAACAGCAUGAAUGUGUGAGAGGACAUAAUCUAUUCAUAAGUAUUUGCAAGGCGCCGUGCUGGACAUCUUGUUACAUAGGUUAGAGCUACCGAC